AGAGCGCCUAGGACGGUCAAGUAGUACUAGUACUAGUACCGACUUAUUAUAGUCGCGCACAGAUUGCCCAAGGCAUAAUACGCAGCUGUCGGGCCCGGGCAACCGCUUCUGUGUCGUGUCCACGGCAUCAUAGAGCCCAAGCGCCCUGCCGCGACCAACUCAUUCCUCACUGUUACACCAGACUGGAACAGACGCGUCUCGCCGUUGUCAGUGCCCACUUGACCUUAAGAGCCCUCGCCCUUGGGGAUCGCCCACCGCGUGUCAACUAUGUCGCGUCAAUGUACACGCUCGCCAGAUCCCUAUACUGAACCGACACGCCAUGUCCGAGGCUUCCAUCGGUCCCAUGAGGAUCGAGGGCGAUGCAACUGUUUCCACGGUUCAUGUUGCAUUGCACCCUAUGCUCAUUCCUCAUCAGGCGACAGCAACCGCCACAGAUUUCGAUGUUCCUGCUAGCAACGAUGUCCUGCGAAGAGGGCCCGAUCAUGAGCAGCGCCAGACAAGUGGCCAACGUACCCCUGCGCUGGACGUUGGGGAGCAUCUCUGGUCCGGCAUGGAAUUUCAUCAAGAUGUUGAGCGGACGACUUGGAGCCUGGAAAUGACAGGACCGAGUCUGUUAGGCCUACAACAUCAAGAAAUGCGGACAUGUAACUCGAAGACCUCUUCUUGUACCUCGAGCUGGGCGAGGCUUACUGAGGAAGCCAGGGAUCCUACUGGGCCUGGUGCAGUAAAACCCUCGACCCUUUCGCCAGAAACAAAAGACGACCAUCCUCCAGAUCCAAACCUACCAGCAUCGCGAUCUUCUUCCCAGCGCCCUGGCUCUGAACUUGGGUUCGCCCCCGAGCCUCAUGGGAUCAAUGUCGGUCCAAGAUCGCCUGGUCAAGUUCGCAUCGACAGCUGGUCAACCAUAAACGAGAGCAACCAUGACGAAGGAUCACCCUCUACCGCGUCGACAGACUCCCAUUCACAAUUCUCGUGGGUCUCUGGUAGUGGGACAAUAGGUAUGGACUCCGUAGCCAGAGAAAACCAAAAGUCGUUCCCCCCUCGCACGCCCUUGGAUCCCAGGCCGUUAGACGCCGAGGCUCGCGCGGCAAAGACGCUCAGAGUGAGAAGCUGGAUAUCCAAGCAGAGUCCCACUGGGCAUGACAAAUCGAACUUGCAACUUCAUAGUCCUGAAUCGUCCGAGAACGAAGACCUGGACCACGACGCUGUUUCCACGACAAGUGAAGCGCCGUCGUCGUCUGCAGUAAGCAGCCAUGAUGCUGAAUCGAUCAACCGGGGGGUGCAACAUUAUUGGAGGAAGAUGAAAACCCACCAAGCUCGGAUUCAGAAACUCUCCAAGCGCCUGGGAGAAGUCAACAAGAGGCUGGGCAAGAUACGUCCUAAAUUACGGGUUGCAGCAAACGACUUUAUGAAAGAGCUGCGUACUACUUCUCACCAGAAGCAGCUCUUGUCGUCUGAUGACCUUGUUCGGAUCGUAUGGGCAGGGCUACCUCGAAUGCAGAGAUUGCAGGACGUGACGUUCAGCCUGGAAGAGGCGCUUGACGACUUACGACAGCAGCUGUCGAAGGAGCAGAAGCUUUUCUCUAAAGCGGAAGUCCAGUUUUACAGCCUGCUGGGUCACGACAUAGAUGAAAGCUCGACGGAAUCGACUUAUGAGUCAUCAGAAGCCUCGUUUGAUGCCAGCGAACCAGACACAGACCUGCUAGGCAUACCAAUGGCGCGGUCGACUAACGACAACCAUCCGCUCUUCCAAGACCUAGAGAGUGCAAUUGGGCAGUACCUGAGCAUCAUGAUGUACUUGCAAGAUGCCAGGGACAAUAGGGCUGUUCUGCAGGAUAUUGUGGACCGCCGGACUGCUCUCGGUGCUCCCAUAUCCGAAGAGACGAGGGACGGUCUGGACGAGACUGUGUCAAACGAAGCUCGAUACCUCAAGCUCGUCGACAGCAAGCUUGCAGUUAUCAACGAUUUAAAGCAGAAGACUAUGGCACGAGAUGUCUUAUCCGCCAGAACGACGACCAGAGUAGCGUCAGUGCUGUAUCGGGACGACAACACAAAGCCAGGAUCGACCGAAAGCGAGGGCGUUCAGCAGAAAGAGUCACCCAAGGUUGUCAUACCCAAUUUUCUGAAGCUCCUCUGGCCCGCCUAUCGGUUGCCUACUACGACUGCGUCGGGCAAGGAGGACACCCGCCAAGACAUGCGGCCAGAAGAACGACAUGGUCAAGCGUCCUAUCCGCAACUCUUGUCAGGCCAAUCUUGUUCACUCAACAGAGCGCGCGGGGACGGCGCUCACUUUGUCAACGAGUGGCUGCUCGACCAGGUCCGCGAAUCCAGGCGCAACGCAGACAAGCUCUUUGUGAAUUUCACGCACCGCCUGGCCGUGCGCAAUCCGGGGACGUGGCAGAAUGACGUCCUAAAGUAUUGGCAUCGCGAUGGAACGGAUAAGAUCAUGAAAGAUGCCGAGGCAUGCUAUUCGGCGUACUAUCACACUGGGCAUGAGUCGGUCCAGUUGCUAUCUCGUCGUGCCUCUCAUGUAGGAGCGACGUCUCCGGCACUGAAGCAAGAGACGGAGCCGAUACGACGCCGUGUACCAUUAAGUAGAGCAUCGCGCCGGUCGCGGGUACGGUCUUUGGGAUGGUGAGGUCUGGAAGAGAAGCAUACCUUGAGAAAGGACUAGAUUCGAGUGGUGAUCAGCCGCGAGAAUUGCAUAUUUGAAUUGGAUGGCUUGGGAUGGUGCACAUGCUGGAUACAUGGACAUUGCUUUGUUCUUGUUUUUCUUCAGAGUAUUUUUG